UCGAUUCAGUAUCUGGUGUUCGUCGUUUGAUUACGGCUCCGAAAGAUUAGAGUCUUGAUUGGAAUUCACCUGUCACUCCGUGACAACGACGGUCAAUAGUUAAAGAGCCGGAAAAGCAGGCGGGGGGGAACAGGACAAAAUUCCGGAUCGACCAACCGGCGUGUGACAACGAUCGAUCAUUUAAGCAUAGAAAGGUGUGCCGAGUGAUGUUUGCGAAGACUGAUCAUUUCGACUUUUUUACGCGUCACUAACUAGACUCGAUCUACUGCUCGUUAUCGACCGUGCAACGUCAACAUUAUCUACUUACGAUAAACUCGCAGUCAACCAACAGUUUCGGCCAAUAAAUACUUUUUGUUAAUUCAACCUGUACUUUACGGACAGCUUUUUUCGAUAACUGAUAUAUCGUCUGACGUUAGCUGCUUAUCGCUAUCGAACCGGAGUAUCGUUUGGAAACAGUACACUAUUCCCCCGCGUUUUCCCGCCAAAUCCGGACGCCAUUAAUUGUUUCAACGAGUCGAUAAAAAAGAAGUUUCCGUUGGCUUAAUUAAUCAGAGUCACUCGCGUCUGGAUUUAAAAGUUAUCGGACGUGUAUCCUGGACGAAGGAAGUAAAUGAACGAGGCCGAUUACUCGAAUAGAUAAUUAAUCAGAAGCAAGCGAGGAGAGGAGACAUUCGUUCUGCACGACCAAUCAUCCAGGCUCCGAUGUCCUGAUCACCUUCGAGUGUAUACAUCAUUCGGGCCGAUUCGAGUGGAAGCUCUUAAUUAAUAAUCACGCGAACGCAUUGAAAUUCGUGUGCCGUUUCGCAUAUUAAGGAGGCCAAUUAAAGGAGUAAAAGAAAGAAAAGGGGAGGAAGAAAGGAGGAGAAAACGGACCGUGGCAAGUUGAAGAGGACUCGGCCAACUUCAUCGUCUACUUUUUAACUCGUUUCUUGAACACCGAAAAAAGAGUUCUCACGCCGCACGCGAGAGGGACCUUAAGCACGCACGCACGCACUCACGCACCCCUUCGAGGGAAGAACUUCAGGAGAAGAGGAACCCCGUGCCACCAGGAAUCUUGAUUUCUUCUCUGCCUUUUUUCCAUCCUCUUUUCCAGCCCUCGCCCACUUUCGCUUCGCGUCUCAUCUGAUUGCUACAACGAUACCUGUCAACGAGUUGGGACCGGACGGACAGAGCUUGGAAAAAUUGCGCGUAGUCGGAGCUCGGAACUUCACGAUGGAGUGCCGCAAGGGUCGACGGAAAGGUCUACUCAGUGGCCUGGUGUUUGCGUGGCUCCUAACCAGCGGUUGCACCGUCGCAGCGCGAAAUAUAGGUGAGUUUUCCAUGACUACUUCCGAAGGACUACAAAAUCUUCAAAAUUAUGAGAGGUACGACACCGCGUACGCCUGCGAGGGCAAAACACUGAGGCUCGAGUGCGGCGAGGGAAAGCUGAUUCACCUGAUCAGAGCGAACUACGGCAGGUUCUCGAUAACGAUAUGCAACGAGCACGGGAAUACCGAAUGGAGCGUCAACUGUAUGUCGCCAAAGUCCUUCCGUGUGUUGAACAGCGAGUGCAACGACCAGCAGAACUGCAGCAUCGUUGCGUCCACGUUGCAAUUCGGCGAUCCUUGUCCCAACACGCACAAAUACCUCGAGGCGCACUAUCGUUGCGUGUCCGCAGCAACAACCACGACAACAUCCCGUCCGAGUCCGCCGUGGUUCAUGACUUCUCAGCCGAGCGUUUGGAGCACAGCUAAGCCGACUGUCAGGCCUCCCUCUAGGAUUACGACACCCCCAGCUCAGCAGCCACCCCAUCCGCCGGCACCGUCCACCCCGGCGCUUCCAAUAACCACCACAGCAAGCUCCACAUCGACGAGGUCCCCGGUCGAUAUGGAGGUCCUCGAAGUGGACCAAGACUUAAUACCUCCUGCGAACGUUCCGUCUGCGAACGGACCUGCGGUACCUCCGGUCGUUCCUGAGACCACUCAGGCCACAACCACGUCGACCUUUGCUCCUUGGAGAACAAGUCGAAGGACCACUGUGCCGAGCACGCUGUACCCGGAGUCCAGCUCGAAUGGCCAAUGGUACGACUACGGUAGACAAGUGUGUCCCCCGGUGAUAGCCAGGAACCUGUCGUGGAACACGACCAGAGCCGGCGACGUGGCGGUUCAGAGUUGUCCGGGUGGCGCGAACGGUUUGGCGCGCUGGAGAUGCCUGGCUAGAGGGGAUUCAGCCUUCUGGCACCGAGACAGUCCAGAUUUAAGCGAGUGUCGCUCGGUCUGGCUGACCACCCUCGAGAACAGGGUGACCGAGGGCGACGUCAUCCUUGGUAUCAGCCGGGAACUGUCGCAGGUGACGAACAACAGCCGAGGAUUGUACGGAGGCGACAUGAUGAUCACCACGAAGAUUAUAAAGAACAUGGCGGAGAAAAUGGCACAAGACAUACGAACGUACCAGGACGCGAAUCAGAGGGAGGUCAGCGUGACUGAAUUGCUCCAAGGUGUUGUGAGAACCGGCAGUAACUUGUUGGACAAGGCGCAAAUGGCGUCCUGGAAGGAUCUCAGCCAUCAGGAGCAGAUGAGAGUCGCGACCUCUUUAUUGAUCGGGCUCGAGGAGAACGCGUUUUUGCUAGCCGACACGCUGAUGCACGAGAAGACGAUCACUCAUGAAGGAAGGAAUAUACUGAUGGAAGUACGCGUGCUGGACGCCCGGAAUAUCGGCGACGAUCUCGAAGUGUUCCCGACCGAAGCUGCUCAACAGAGAUGGACAGCCUCAAACGAUCGCGUCGAGCUGACCAGGGGUGCUUUGCUGGAGAACAGCGAGGGUGGCAUUGUCCGUCUGGUUUUCAUGGCCUUUGACAGACUGGAGGAGAUCCUGCAGCCGCAAGCCGAGGUAUCGUCGUUGGUGAUGAACGACGAGCCACAACCACUGCCGAAGAGGAAUACGACCAGGCUGCUGAACAGCAAAGUGAUCUCCGCGUCUUUGGGCAAAGGAAGGCACAUACAGCUCAGCGAACCUGUCCGAGUCUACUUCAAGCAUCUGUCCAUUGAGAAUGUCACCAAUCCGACCUGCGUCUUCUGGGACUACAUUCUGAGCGCAUGGUCGGAAGAGGGUUGCGAGAUACGGAAAACCAACGAGACUCACACGGUAUGCGAGUGCAACCAUCUAACGAAUUUCGCCGUUCUAAUGGACGUUCACGCUGUCAGACUGGACAUCGCUCAUCAAGUGGCGUUGCAAAUCAUCACCUAUAUCGGUUGCAUCAUUUCCGUGGUCUGCCUCGUUCUAGCGAUUCUGACGUUUCAAUUAUUUCGCGGACUAAAGUCGGAUCGUACAACCAUCCACAAGAAUCUCUGCGUGUGCCUGCUGAUCGCGGAAAUUUUAUUCGUUUGCGGGAUCGGACAAACGAACCAGAGAAUUGUCUGCGGUAUAGUCGCCGGAUUGCUGCACUUCUUCUUCCUCUGCGCGUUCGCCUGGAUGUUCCUCGAAGGAUUCCAAUUAUACGUGAUGCUAAUCGAGGUGUUCGAAGCGGAAAAAUCAAGGCUCCGCUGGUAUUAUUUAGUCGCUUACGGUGCACCGUUGCUGGUCGUAGCUAUCUCCUGCAUAAUCGAUCCCCUUAGUUACGGUACCGAUCGAUAUUGCUGGCUUAGAGCGGACAACUACUUCAUCUUCAGCUUCGUUGGACCUGUGAUACUCGUUAUACUGGCAAAUUUAGUAUUCUUGUCGAUGGCGAUUUACAUGAUGUGCCGGCACGCAAACACCACCAUAGCGAUGAAGAGUAAGGAGCACUCGCGAUUGGCCAGUGCAAGUGGAAAGGAAGAGAAUGCUCUUCCCAACAAAUUGCAAGCGCACUUGGCAUGGCUGAGAGGUGCAAUCGUCCUGGUAUUUCUGCUGGGGCUCACCUGGACAUUCGGGCUCCUCUACUUGAACCAAGAAUCCGUCGUGAUGGCGUACAUCUUCACCAUAUUGAAUAGUCUCCAGGGGCUGUUUAUCUUUGUGUUCCAUUGCGUUCAGAACGAGAAGGUGAGGAAGGAAUACAGGAAGUUCGUGCGCCGUCAUUCCUGGCUACCGAAGUGCCUGAGGUGCUCGAAGACGAUGACCGGAAGCUCCGGCGGUUCAUCCGGUACCAGCGGCGGCGCUGGCGGUGCAAACGGCGGCAAGGACUUCGCCUCGCACAACACCUCGUCGAAUCCAUCGGCGCCGACGACGGACAGUUCCGGAUUGUCGCCUCAUGCCGCCUCCAAUUACCUGGCGUCCGGUCGAAGCUGGGCGAUAGUCGACAGGCAGCCGGCAGUAGCAGUGCCAAGUGAAUCCUCUCCAACAGAGGCUCACAUCGUGGCCACGCUGCCGUACGCCCGUCACGCCUUCUUACCCUCAGCUCCUAAUAUCCCCAAAUCUGCCACCGCCACUUGGGGCCACCUUAACAAAAACCUCAUGUGGAAGAACAUUUCUUUUAAAUCGUACUCCCGCGACUCCGGACACGGCGGCUCCGAGCAAGAGGAGUCGCCCAGGACGCACAACACUUUGACCCUGGGCCAUUCCGGGCGGAACCGUGGGGCAAGGGUGAUGAACGAGAGCAACGAGAUCAUCGGUAACAGAACCAUCGGCAGCAGUAGCGGUAGGAGGAUCCCGAAGCACAAGUAUACGGAGAUCCUUGACGGUCGUGCGAACGGACCUGGACAUCAUCAGAUGCACGCUCAUCACGGUCAACACGUGCAUAUUCCGCGGGAGCUGACGAACGAGGACGAGCCAGUUUACGAGGAGAUAGAACGAGGUGGCGUCGGUGGUGGUGGGGAGAUCCAGGUGUCGGACAUGUCCGACGAAGACGGCAGAAGGCAAAGCGACAUGAGCAGACAGUCGUCCAGGAGUUACGGCGAUCACAGACCAUUGAUACCGUAUUCGCCAGCCACCGACAGGAACCUGGUGCAUUACGGUCAGACGCUGACGGAGCGUGGCGGUGGCGGUAACAUUCAUUGUGACGCGAACGAGUACAGUCCCGCGGUGGAAAGGACCCUGAACACUUGCUGGGAGAAGCUGCGGAAGCAGCAGCAAGCCUGGUACGAGCGCGGUGAGUUGCCCCGUCUGCCCGCCACCUACGGGAUACCCCCUCAACAGGAUCACACGAGGACGGUCGCGGUUCUCGACGGGCACACGGUCGUCUGUCACCUGCAGCCUCAGACGGACAUGUACACCGGCCGUGGUAUGCCACCACCUUCCUACAGCGAGUGUUAGGACGUCUCAUUUCAUCUUGUCGUCCUCUUCGUCUUCCUGCACGAGGACGACCGAUGCGCUCCUGCUCGCUGUCGAAUCGUCGCGUUGUGCUGGUCGACGCGUCGAAGAAACGCGUCGUUCGCGGAUCAAGGAGUCGUGUCACGGAUCGAGAAGAUCGAUCGCGGUCCCUUGUACCGACCACGGUGGUUCGUUCCUGAAGAGAGCCACGAUUCCGGAGCACCGAUGCGUCUCAGACUCGCUCUGUUCAUCCGGAUGGUCCGGGUGAACGGGACCGACGCGUUCUUAGCUCAAACGAAACAGCGGCUACUCGACGACCCGUUCGAGGCCGCCGCGUUUCUCUUAGCCAUAACGAUAAACCGGGCCCGGCCAUGGAAGGGCCUUCUUCUUUCUUUCUUUCCGUUUCUUCGGGGAUCGCGUGCACGAGGCUGCGAGUGCGGCGGAUGUCCACCGCCAAAGGACGUAUCUGUCGUCCCGAGUUGGAUUCGUGCGACUGUCUGUGUGCGUCGAUGCGUGUAUGUAUGAUUAAACGCGGAGGAUCGAGUUCUGUACGAUAUAGAAUCAAUUAAGCGGACCUCCUGUUAAAGUAAUCAGUCGUCGUUGUACCGUCGAAAGCCAUGCGCGCGCCUCUGGGAUUGGCUCAUCGAAUGGCGGAUAUGAUGUCGUGCGAGGAACGAUAAAACGUGACGAGUCCUCUUAGGUUGCUAAGAUCCGCUAGGAGAACAUCGGAUGCGAUAGGUUUCAAGGAGUAUUUCAUGUACACCGGGAAACAGGCAAACGUAAGGAUCGUAACUUUCGGAUAAACUAUUUCCCUGCGUUCUCGAAUACGAUCUUCUCGUUUGUCUUCGACUUUCCUCGAAACUUGUCCUCGCGAGCGUCGAAGUCGAGGAAGGAUAUUCCUCGAUGAUCUCGUCGAUCCAAUCUUUUCUCGUUAACGAGCCACGAUACUGAGCGAAGUGGACGAAGUGAAAUUUAGAAGACAUAUCGAGAUCGACGUUGGGGAUUUUGUUGAGGAAAUCGUUCGCUCGUUAACGAUCGACGAGAAUUCGAUUUUGAUUCCCGAACGGAAUCGGUGACGACUCGAUAAAGGAAUCUGGAGCUGGUGUUUACCUGUCAAAGGUCUUGCAUUUCAUCGAACGGUGGACAGCGUUCAGUGACAUAUCGCGUAUCGCUGAUCGAUAUUAAAUCUCGCUCCAAAGCGUAGGGAAGAAAGUAAAGUUACUUAAUCGCUUAUUUCGAUUAACGAGUAUCGUGUUUAUAUUAGCGAUCGCAUCAUAGAAAUAAUCGCUUCUAAAAUCUACGUUUCUCGAAUGGCAACAAUUUCGUGGGGUAAAUUCUAAAAAAAGAAUAUAGGAACGUGUGUCCAUUUCGUGCGUUUCGAUGAUUAAAAAUUCCUUCCAAAGGAAGGCAACAAAAUUCACGGCUAAAAGUAUCUUUAUCGGUCGUCCUAGCCAGCUCCUCACUGUACAUUGCUUUGGAACGUUACGUUUUAGUCCCAGAAUGUUAUUUUUAUAAAUAAAAAAAAUUAUAUAUAUAUAAAUGUAUAUGUAUGUAUACAGUAACGAUAUUAUAUAUAUAUAUACAUAAAGAAAACCCGAGAAGAACGAAUGGGCGAAAGAGUUGUACGAAACAAGUAUAUAUAUAAAUAUAUAGUGAUACAAAGCGAUUUUCCGAGCGACGUGGAAAAAGCAAAAAAAACUUAGUCACUGUUUUUUACUAUUUUUUAAAGAACAAAAAAGGUAUAUGUCGUAACCGCGUAAUCUAAUGUGUAACUAAGGAAACCCGCGCGCUAUUUAUUUUUUAUCAUCCGUGAGUGUUAUCUAAUGUGUAAUUAGCGGACGUGUCGAGGUCGACGAUCGAUGAUGCGCGAUCGUACGAGCGACAGGUUCGAUCAAACGGAUCCAUUGAUCGCCGCCAUCGGAUCGUCGCGAGUCUGGUGACGAAAUUUUAUGCUUGCAAGAUGAUCCUUGACAGACGGAUAUCGACUACACCAGACGCCAUUGUAGCUCGAUAUUCUUCUCGAAUCGAUGUAAUUGGAGAAAGUUAUGUUGGAUCAAUUAACUACGGUAAGACUAAAUCAUUUUCUUUUUAAUCAUGUUACUCCUACGGAAACUGUGGUUCCAUACGAGACAAAAUGCCUGCCAAAUUUUUCUUCUUUCGACAAGAUCGUUGUGUGUUCACGUUCCCAGAGAUCAUGCGAACGCAGUGAAUUCAUUCAACAUAAUCUUUUUCACGAUGUGACAACAACUUUCUACAUCGUUUCUCCGUUUAAUUUAUUUCUCUGCUCAGCCGGGCCGGCCGUGAUCCUUCUCUCCGGCAAACCGUUGUACGUUAAGGCGACUAAAUCUAUAGGCGAAUUAUAAAUAGCGAUAAUCAGCGUUAAGGGUACCAGCUAUUGAUAAGCGUGCGAACGUUUCCUCCGACUUGUAAAAGAAACGUUAUUGCUCAGUCUGGCAUCGCGCUAACCCGUUCGCGGUUAUCCUGGUUUCUUUAGACCCUCCGCACAAGCGUUAGAUAUGGAGAACAAACACAUCUGGAAGCCGUUUCUGUCCAGGAUGUUAAAGGUAGAAGGAAAACGUGUAUGUACAGUCUCGUGCAAUUUAGGCUUAUUUUAGUUAACAGAAAAUAUCAUAAUUUUUAUUUAAAAAGACAGCAAUAAUUAGUUUUUUCAAAUUUAGAAUUUUCAGAAUUAUUAUCUUUCAAUUAAUUAUUUUUACAUUAUUCAAAUUUUCAAUGGUGAUUCUCAAGGAUUAUAUCAAUCAAUGGAAUCUCCUUCCGCUAUUUUCCUUAGAGAAGCCUCCUAUGCUCGCUAUUGUACAUACAAUUUUUCAAGCCAUGAAACUCUACCGUCUCGUUUUCUUAUUCGUAGAUCGAAUCUACCAGGUAACUCUUGCACGAUCGUCGCGUAACGUCACCAAUAAAAAAUCGUCAAA